AUGCGGCACUGCCGCAGUGGCAGCAUCACCGCCUCCGUGGCCUCCCUGCCCCCCCAGGCCUCGGGAAGCUCCGCCCCCAGCUCCCCCGGCUCCCGCCGCUCGGUCAGCACCCUCAAGAAGUGGCUGACCAAUCCCGUGCGCAAGCUGAGCUCCGCCGGCAUCGGGGGGGGCAAGGGCGAGCGGCAGGUCCGCAGGCCGGACGGCAGGCCCCCCCAAUCCCAGCCGAGCCAGGACCCGCCGGGGCCCGGUCACCAAGGCGACGGCCUCGCCGCCCUCCCCAGCGGCGAGAAAGAGCCGGAGAGCGGGAACGGGCCGGGGGGGCAGCCGGAAGACUGCACGCCUGGGACCCCCCUGCGCAACAGCUACCUGUCUGAACUCCUGCAGGGGGGCAACACACCGACCCUCACACAGAACCACAAAUCAUCCAAUCCGCUCUCGGAUGAGGAUGGCUCCGCCCUGACGGAUGACGUGUCCAGCCACUCAUCAGCCGCCACGGACAGCGAGGAAGAGAGGAGGAGUGCCUUGGAAAAGAGCAUCUACGUCCUGAAGGAGCUCAUUGAGACGGAGAAGCUGUACGUGGGUGACCUCGGACUGAUCGUGGAGGGGUACAUGGCCACCAUGAACAGCAAGGGUGUGCCAGAGGACAUGAAGGGGAAGGACAAGAUUGUGUUCGGGAACAUUCACCAGAUCUUCGACUGGCAUAAAGACUACUUCCUGGUGGAGCUGGAGAAGUGCGUGGCCGAGCCGGAGAGACUGGCGCAGCUGUUCAUCAAGCACGAACGGCGUCUGCACAUGUACGUGGUGUACUGCCAGAACAAGCCCAAGUCCGAGCACAUCGUCUCCGAGUACAUCGAGACCUACUUCGAGGAGCUGAAGCAGCAGCUGGGCCAUCGCCUGCAGCUGAAUGACCUCCUCAUCAAGCCCGUGCAGAGGAUCAUGAAGUACCAGCUGCUGCUCAAGGACUUCCUGAAGUACUACACCAAGGCUGGAAUGGACACGACAGAGCUUGAGAAAGCUGUAGAGGUGAUGUGCUUCGUGCCCAAGCGCUGUAAUGACAUGAUGAACGUGGGGAGACUGCAGGGAUUUGAGGGGAAGAUCACCGCUCAGGGGAAGCUUCUCCAGCAGGACACCUUCAUGGUGAUGGAGCAGGACAGCAGCUUCCUGCCACGCCCCAAGGAGAGGCGGGUCUUCCUGUUCGAGCAGCUGGUGAUCUUCAGCGAGCCCAUCGACAGGAAGAAGGGCUUCUCGUUGCCGGGAUACACCUUCAAGAACAGCAUAAAGGUCAGCACUCUCGGGGUGGAGGACUGCGUGGAGGGCGACCCCUGCAGGUUCGCGAUGACGUCGCGGGGGGCCGACGGGAACUCCGUCCGCUUCGUCAUGCAGGCGGCCACGCCCGAGAUCCGCCAGGCCUGGGUGGCGGACGUGGGCCAGAUACUGGAGACCCAGCGCAACUUCCUGAAUGCCCUGCAGUCGCCGAUCGAGUACCAGCGGAAGGAGAGCAAGUCCAACAGCCUGGGCCGCGCCAUGAGGGCUCCCCCGGCCCCAGUCUCCGCCCCCGGGCUCCGCCCCCACUCCUCCGCCUCCAUCGACCGCCAGCGGCUGCCCUGCCUGCGCUCCUACAACAGCUCCCUGCCCUCCCUCUACCUGCCCAGCCAGGGGCUGGCCGACACCCGCCCUCAGCACGAGUUCACCGUGGUCCAGCACAGCCCUUCGCUAUCGAACCCGAGUUCCCAGGCCCUCUCUCCAGCGCACGUUCACUUGGGUUUCCCCGAGCAGUGUGGCUCCCCCCCAGCGCCCCCGUCCCCAUCCCGCCAGGGCAUUUCCAACGGCCUGUGCUCUCCUGCACUGCACAGUAUACAGGGAUCCAGUAACGGUUGCCACGGAGCUCCGGCAGGGGAGACCGCGGGACACGCACCCGGCUCGUCCGACGCGCCGCGUUCGCGCAACCUGGCUCAGCUCGCCGAGGACGACCCGUAACCCCCCCCCCCCCCCGCGGGACUCCGCCCCCUUAUCCUUCUGACUCACGCGCGUGGGCGUCCCCACCGUUUAGACCCUUAUCACCAUUAUCCUCGUCAUUAGUAGCUCAUUAUACGUUUUUUUGUUGUUGUUAUUAUCGUUGCCAUCGCUAUAUUCUACGUUUCAGACAUUACUUAUUUACUGUUACUGUUCGGGCACAAAAAGAAAACGCCCGGAUGCUACAAGAUGUGUUUUUUUUUUUUGUUGUUGUUGUUGUUUUUGUUCAUUUGUAUCAAAUCGACUGGGGUCAGAGGUGUGAGUGGAGAAUUUUAAUUAUUCUCCCGCUGUUUUAGCAGACACCGUUGUUUGUAAGUGGGCAGGAAAAGGUGUGUUUUCUUCUGGGAGGGUGACAGUUGCUUUAGCCCCGCUCUCUCAACACCUGAAAUGUCUCGCGCCUCAGUUAUUGUACAUAGCUCUGAUUCUGGAGAAGGUGCGGUGCAGGGCGGUCAGGGUGAGCGGGCGUGGUUUCGGUGCGAACGCCCCAAAGGUGAAGCCUUGCCGUGGCACCUUCCAGCUGCGACCUAACACAGCAGUGCUGAUGACCCUUUAACCACUGUAGAGCUGGAACCGGACUGGCUCAUUGUACUCCUUCCUGUUGAGCUGGAAUCAGGCUCAUUAUCCCCCUUUCCCACUAUAGAACAGGAAGUAGGCUGACUCAUACUCCUUUCCCACUGAAGAGCAGGAAGUAGGCUGCCUCAUUAUACCCCUUUCCCACUAUAGAACAGGAAGUAGGCUGACUCAUACUCCUUUCCCACUAUAGAACAGGAAGUAGGCUGACUAAUACUCCUUUCCCACUGAAGAGCAGGAAGUAGGCUGGCUCAUUAUCCCCCAUUCCCACUAUAGAACAGGAAGUAGGCUGGCUCAUUAUACCUCUUUCCCACUGAAGAGCAGGAAGUAGGCUGGCUCAUUAUACCCCUUUCCCACUGAAGAGCAGGAAGUAGGCUGGCUCAUUAUACCCCAUUCCCACUAUAGAACAGGAAGUAGGCUGGCUCAUUAUACCCCUUUCCCACUAUAGAACAGGAAGUAGGCUGACUCAUACUCCUUUCCCACUGAAGAGCAGGAAGUAGGCUGGCUCAUUAUACCCCUUUCCCACUGUAGAGCAGGAAGUAGGCUGGCUCAUUAUACCCCUUUCCCACUGUAGAGCAGGAAGUAGGCUGGCUCAUUAUACCCCUUUCCCACUGUAGAGCAGGAAGUAGGCUGGCUCAUUAUACCUCUUUCCCACUGUAGAGCAGGAAGUAGGCUGACUCAUUAUACCCCUUUCCCACGGUAGAGCUUGAACCAGGCUGGCUCAUUAUAACUAUCCUCCACUGUAGAGCUGGAACCAGGAUGAUGAGCCACAUUAAACCUCUGUGUGUGUGUGUGUGUGUGUGUGUUUGAUUAUACACAACUGUACACGGAAAGAGGUAUUCAAAGUAAACCAGCCUAAGAAAGACCUAAGAACGGAGUCAUUCCUGAACAUGGGGUGAGCUCAGAAGUGCUCCUAACUCCACCUAAACUACAUCCUGUCUCCCUAGAUGGAGUGGGCGGUGGCUAACUCCCAUAAUGCCCUCUGUCACCUCCAGUGACACCACAUCUGGGGGAAAUGAUUCAGUACGAUAGAAUCAUUGGGGGUGCUGCCUGUCUGGCUGUGGGAUUGGUAACAAUGACCGCAUGCAUCAACCGAUUCGAUUUUAAAUCAGGGCGACGAAUGAGAAAUGAGGCCAUCAAUCAACGGAGGAAAGGAGGAUGUCCUGGUGAAAAGGUCUAAUUGGAUGAUUGGGCCUCAAGAACGUACACUACACGAGUUAGAGCAUGACACACCGCGCCUAAUCCAGCUCGCUGAAGGGCAAAGGCACCAUCGUCUGGAUUCCAUCUACAUUUUCCUUUCAUUUCGACUGAGAGAAAAUAAAAGCAAAUCAAUAAACGAAUGCUUCUUUUUCAACCAGAACACUUUUUUCUUUUACAACUUUUUUAUUUUUUUACAAACACCAAACUCACCAAAACUAUGUUUUCAAUUAAUUCAAGCAUUAAAAAAUGCUUGAAUUUGAUUGUAAGUCAAAAUUGAAGGACUAUAGCAGACCAUUAAACCCGACCCUUCUGUGCUCCUUGUUCACCUUCACCAUUUUGAAAAAGCAACAUUUUGGUUAUUUGUGUUGAGUUUUGUAGUCCCGUUCUAGUUCAGUUCUAAAACCGGAAAAUGGUGCGAGGGACUUGUCUUUAUCAAAAAUGAAAGGACUACCUGCUUUACGGACUCCUGGUUCCGGGCGCAGUUGUUUCUUCGCCUUCGAGGAUCAUCAGAACUUUGCUGUUUUGCAUGUUUUACCGAAGAGAAAACGGAGACGGAAUGAACUGAGACGAACGAAAUCGCGAGAAAGGGAAGGAGAUCGGAUUGAUUUAGUCAAUCUGCUGUAUCAUAUCAAAUAAAAUCUUGUCUUUUUGAAAUGAA